AUGGAUCUCCUUCGGCGUCACAAGGGACACCACGAGGUGAAGACAGAUCGAUACUGGGCACUUGGGUAUUACUUUGAAAGCCUGAAUGACGAGCAGAAACAUCAACGCCGGGAGUAUCUGGAGUGGUAUGGGUUUAUCGCACAGUGGUCGGUCUUGGUAAUAUUUGCGCUUUUCCAGAUUGGCUUCGCCUUGUCUUGGGUGAUGAGGACUAGUUUGAGGUAUGAUCAGCCCAAAUCGCCAUCGUUCACCAAACAGCCAAAGGAUAGAUUAGGAUGGCUGCGAAGUAUCCAGAGUGGCUGUAACAGGGUGACAUGGUGGAUGAAAAAGGAUGUGGUUGGAGGGUGGGGUUGGGGUACAAGAGGAGAAUGGAUUGGUGCAAGUAUCUGGACCGUAUGGCUGGGGUACCUUUGCAUUGCUCAUACUCGCAAUGACUAUCUCCAUCUCACAAAACGUUUCGGACAAGUUGGCGCAUCACAGUUACCGAUCCAUUACCUACUUGCGGUGCGAGCGCCCUACAGCCCCGUACAGUAUUUGACGCGACUCUCCCAUGAGCAAAUCAAGGCCUCGCAUCAGAUACUGGGACGCAUCACAUUCUUACUUUUCCUACUACAUACAGCCCUCUAUCUGAACUUCUUCGUUCUUUCCGGUUCCCUGGCAAAGCGCAUCAAAGACUGGGAUGUCAUUUGGGGCCUUGUCAGCAUCAUCCUCUUCUCCACUAUCUCGACGACCGCCCUGGGAUUCGUACGAAGAAAGAACUACCGGGUGUUCUACAUCUCGCACAUCGCCAUUGCGAACUUCAUCGUUGUGCCUCUGUACCUACACGUAUCGCAUAUCCGCAUAUACGUGUACGAGGUCCUCGCGAUAGAAGCAUUUCAUGUCAUUUCCCGGGCUUUGCGUUUGAACAUGUACCAAGGCACCCUCCGACUUCUUCCUGGCACCAAUCUUGUCCAGAUCCGCAUCCCGUUACCAGCAGAGAGUACUGCGCUUGUUUGGAAGCCUGGACAGCAUGUGUAUCUUAGCAGGCCGCAUAUCAGGGGGAAGACUCCCACAUGGUACGACCAAUGGCUUAUGACAAACAAGACGAAUCCUUUCACCGUUGCUUCUCUCCCAUCGAAGGACAAGGAACUGCUCCUUAUUGCGAGAACGCUUAACGGCAACACAAAGUAUCUGGGAGAGCUAGCGCGCUCUUUGUCGCAAGGAGGAGGUAAUGUGCCAAUGCUGCCUACAGCUGGCGGCGAUAUUCCCAUCUUGCCAUUUUCCCUCGAAGGACCAUAUGGGGCGUCAAGUCGCCUACCGGAUUUUUCAGACUUUGGCAAGGUACUUUUGGUUGCAGGGGGCGUUGGUGCAACGUUCAUCGUACCCAUCUAUCGGAGCAUUAUCGAAUUACACGACCCUGCGCCUGCAGGUACGCAGAUCCGAUGCAUUUGGGCGGUUCAGAAGUUGGCCGAAACACAGUGGGCAUUCCCUGCGAGUUCCGCAUCUGAUGACGAACACGAAGACGACGCAGCAGCCGACACGAAUGAGACUGGACUGUUACAUGGCUCGCGCAGCGUAGAAGUUUAUGUUACACGACCUUCAGGGCCGAGAUCACGAGCCGAUGCGAGCGCGGCCGGUGUUUUCGCUAUCGACCCGGACGACGACGUGGGGGAGGUGAUCGAAAUGCAGGAGAAUGAGCAGCUGUUGGACAUGGAAGAGCAAAUGGAGAAGUCGCAAAAGGGGAUGCUUGUCAAGAGCGGGAGGCCGGAUCUUAGCAACGUGGUAGAUGAGGUGUUUAGCAAGGGUAUGAGAACGGCGGUAAUCUGCUGCGGGCCGAAGAGGCUGACAGAUGAUCUGAAGAGAAACGUUGAAGUGUGGGUGAAGAAAGGGCACGACGUAUUUUGGUACGACGAAACGUUUGGCUGGUGA